GAGUAGGCCCGCUCUUUAAACCCUAACGUCUUAACACUCCCGGCCGCGGUAGAAUCGCCGUCGAUCAGACCAAUUCCUUUACAUCUCUGCAGAAUUAACUUCCAGUUUGUGAAGAUGCCGCUGGGUUUGAUAAUAGGAUUAGGGCGAGCGAUGCGGAGAAAGAGGACAUCUUCACUCAGUAUUUUGUCAUCAAAAAGAGCACCUCGCGAUUAUUACAAGGGAAAGAACUGCAAGCCCACUGGUUUCCAUACUCGUAAAGGUGGUUAUGUUGUGCAGGAUGAAAAGUUGCCACGCUAUGUCAUCCCUGAUCUGACCGACUUCAAGGUUCAUAGUUCUCACAUGAGGUCUAGGCAAGAAAACUUGGGUUGAUUCCGGAUAUCUUUGUUGUUUGUUGCCU